AUGAGAGUAAACAGCAAGGAAAACAUCCGGGUGGAGGAAAUAGAAAACCCCGUAAACAAGAAGAGGAAGGUUACAGACGAUACCAAAUCAGGCAAAUUGGGCUCGCAGAAUGAUAAGAAACAGAGCGAUUUCGCGGAUAUUCUUGAGAAUCUGCAGGAUGAUGCUGAACAGUCCUCGGCAGAAAGUGGUCAAGUUUGGGCGAGGCCGAGGAUUCCAAAGUUUGAGCCAAUGGUUGAUAGUGUUAUUUUCCAGCAAAUCGAUCUUGAGGAGGCUUCAAUUCCAGGCGCAGAGCCAUUCAUACGCAUGCAUGGUGUCACGCAGGAAGGCUUCUCUGUUCUCGCAAACGUCUCAGGUUUCCUCCCAUAUCUUUACAUUGCUGCUCCUCGUGGAUUCACUGCCGAGGACUCAGAAGGCUUUUCUGGCUACUUGAAUGCUUCUUUCGGUAACAAUGGCAAGUCUAUUGUCUCAGCAAUUGAUAUCCACAAUAGACGCAGUCUGUGGGGAUACAGAGGCGAUGAAAUUUCCCCUUUCAUCAAAAUCACUUUUGUGGAUCAAAGAAGCAUGACCCGUGUUCGCGGCUGUUUCGAGCGCGGUGAGAUUCACUUCAGGGACUUUUUCGACGAUGCUAUACAGACAUACGAGUCUAAUAUCAGUUACGAUCUGCGUUUCAUGAUCGAUAAGAAGGUCGUCGGAAUGUCCUGGAUAGAAUGCCCUGGUGGCGCUUACAACCUCAAACAAUCAGCGAGCAAGGUCUCGAAAGCUCAGCUCGAGUUUGAUAUACAUCACAAAGAUAUUAUUGCUUAUCCUGCUGAUGGCGAAUGGCAGAAAAUGGCACCUUUGCGUAUUCUCUCGUUUGACAUCGAAUGUGCUGGUCGUCAAGGUAUCUUCCCUGAACCGCACAUCGACCCUGUUAUCCAGAUAGCUAACAUGGUCACUCGUCAAGGUGAAACCAAACCCUUUAUCAGAAACGUCUUCACCCUCAAAUCAUGUGCACAUAUCGCCGGUAGCCAAGUUCUCAGUUUCGAAGACGAGACCAAAAUGCUUCAAGCGUGGAGAGAUUUCAUCGAGGAGGCAGAUCCUGAUGUCAUUAUCGGAUACAACAUUGCCAAUUUCGAUAUUCCUUAUUUGAUGGACCGCGCUAAAGCUCUCAAAGCUACCAAGUUUGCCUAUCUCGGUAGAAUGAAGAAUGUCAAGAGUGAAGUUGGCUCAUCUCACUUUUCAUCCAAGGCUUACGGUACCAGAGACUCGAAGCAGACCAACAUGGAGGGUCGUCUUCAGCUCGAUUUGCUCCAACUUAUACAAAGAGAACAUAAAUUGCGAUCAUACUCACUCAACAGCGUUUGUGCAGAGUUCCUUGGCGAGCAGAAAGAGGAUGUACACCACUCUAUCAUUACGGAAUUACAGAACGGUACGCCUGAAUCAAGACGCAGAUUGGCUGUGUAUUGUUUGAAGGAUGCCUACCUCCCACAGAGACUGCUUGACAGACUGAUGAGUUUAGUCAACCAGACAGAAAUGGCAAGAGUCACAGGUGUACCUUUCAAUUACUUGCUCGCUAAGGGACAAUCAAUCAAGGUAAUGAGUCAAAUAUGUAGACAAUCUCAAGUCCAUGGCUAUCUAGUCCCUGCUCUUAGAGUUGAAGGCUCCGAUGAUCAGUACGAAGGUGCUACUGUUAUUGAACCGCGCAGGGGCUACUUUGAUGUUCCUAUUACUACCCUUGAUUUCAGUUCGCUAUAUCCGUCAAUCAUGAUGGCACACAAUCUUUGUUAUACCACCCUUCUUGAUUCUCAUACCGUCGAGCGACUCCAAUUGAAGGAGGGCGUUGAUUAUAUCAAGACUCCAAAUAAUGAUAUGUUCGUUACCUCCGACAAACGUAAAGGUCUCUUGCCAGUUGUUCUUCAGGAUCUUAUUUCAGCUCGUAAGCGUGCAAGAGCGGAUAUUAAAAAUGAAAAGGAUCCCUUCAGGAGAGCGGUGCUCGAUGGUCGUCAGCUAGCUUUGAAGGUAUCAGCUAACUCUGUGUAUGGUUUCACCGGUGCUACAAUUGGAAAGUUACCCUGUCUGCCAAUUUCAUCUUCGACUACAGCAUAUGGCCGUCGUAUGAUUGAGCGCACCAAGGAGGAGGUAGAAUCACACUAUAAGGUGUCGAACAACUACUCACACGAUGCCGAAGUCGUCUACGGUGAUACUGACUCUGUCAUGAUCAAAUUCGGUUGUAAGGAUCUCGAGACAGCUAUGAAACUGGGUGCUGAAGCUGCAGGUGUAAUAUCGUCGAAAUUCCCUAACCCUAUUAAGUUGGAGUUCGAGAAGGUAUACUACCCUUAUCUGCUCAUCAACAAGAAGAGAUACGCUGGUUUGUAUUGGACGGGCUUGGAAAAGUACGAUAAAAUGGAUACAAAGGGUAUCGAGACUGUCCGUCGCGAUAAUUGUCGACUCGUCGGUACUGUGAUUACGACGUGUCUGCACAAGAUGUUGAUAGAUCGUGAUGUGAAAGCAGCCGAAGACUACACCAAGAAUGUGAUUUCGGAGCUGCUACAGAACAAGGUGGAUAUGAGUCAGUUGGUUAUUACGAAAGCUCUCACCAAGACAGAGUACGAUGCCAAGCAGGCGCAUGUUUGUCUGGCAGAGCGUAUGCGCAAGCGUGAUGCCGGAUCAGCGCCAGCGCUCGGUGAUCGUGUAGCUUAUGUCAUUGUCAAAGGAAGCAAAGGAGCAGCGGCAUACGAGAGAUCUGAGGAUCCUCUGUAUGUUUUAGAGAACAACGUACCAAUUGACACCAAGUAUUACCUUGAAAACCAACUGUCAAAGCCGUUAUUGAGAAUAUUCGAACCAAUUUUAGGCGAAAAGGCGGGUUCGUUGCUCACAGGUGAUCACACACGCACUAUUACUGUCGCUACUCCUUCUGUUGGUGGACUGAUGAAGUUCGCAGUUAAAACGGUGACCUGUCUUGGCUGCAAGGCUCCCAUUAGGGGUAGUGAGGCUGCGGUUUGUAAAAAUUGCAAGUCGAAAGCGGGUGAAUUGUACCAGAAACAGGUAUCUUCCGUCUCAGCUCUCCAAGUCCAAUUCGCUAGAUUGUGGACACAAUGUCAGAGAUGUCAGGGCAGUUUGCACCAGGAUGUAAUCUGCACUAACAAAGAUUGCAACAUCUUCUAUAUGAGACAGAGAUCAAAGUUUGAGGUCGCGUCUGCCGUGAACACGCUGGAUAGGUUUGACGACGACAACUCGUGGUAG